AUGCACCGUCCUCGAGCGUCAUCUCCAAACGCAUCUCUUCUCCCCCCCUCCCUCCCCUCCCUCCACCCGCUCCCUCUCGUCACCCUCGACCUCACCGCCAUCGAGCCAUCCCCAUCCUGCGAUAUCCACAACGAUGAAGACCCCUUCCUCCCCACGUGUUUCGUUUUCGUCUUCUCGGCCUUCUCCCUCGAGUGCCACCCUGUUCUCACUCGCUCCGCCUCCGCCUUCUCCGGUCUCCUCGCCGCGCUCGAGCGCUUCCUUGCCAUCGACUCCCCAAGGAUCAUCGACAUCGCCUUCAAACUCAGGCUAGACCAGGACAUAGCCGACCACGCCUUCGAUCUCUUCAAGGACUGCUCGUCCACGACAUGCCUCAGGAACCAAAGUGUUGAGGCGCUCAUGAUCGCCAUGCUCGUGCAGGCCAUCCGUGAGGCGUAA